AUGGGUGGAGGCGAACACAAAGAGGCCGUCCUGGUCACACUACCCAUGCCGAAGCCAGAUGCCGCUAUCGAGAAACUCCAGAACAAGUUUCCUCACCUCAAGAUAACUUAUCGCAGCGUAGCCUGGACAAAGGAUCGCGCACAGUCGGAAGCAGAAAUACCCAAGGAGCUUUGGAGAGAAGCAACUGUGCUGUUGACACUUUUCGCUCUACCGCCUAAACCAGAGGAUGCUCCCUUGCUAGACUUUAUCCAGCUCUUCUCUGCUGGGUCAAACCAGCUUGCCAGUCAUCCCAUCUAUACAAACACUGAUAUUCCCAUUGCGAGUGCGUCUGGUGUCCAUGGACCACAGAUCGCUGAGUGGGUUAUCAUGACCCAUCUCAUCCACACUCAUAAGUACAACCAGCUCUACGAAGCGCAGAAGGACCACAAAUGGGCCAAAGAGAACUACCGUGUCAAGGACUCUGUCGGCAUGCGUGUCGGCGUGCUCGGUUACGGAAGCAUUGGACGUCAGGUUGGCAGAGUCGCCAAAGCCAUGGCAUCGCCAAAGGACACACCAGAGAAGAAGAAAGACGUCGGCUACAUCGUCCCUGGAACCGGUGAUCCGGACGGCGAGAUUCCUUCAGCUUGGUACUCUGGAUUGGACAAGGACUCUCUACACAACUUCCUCAAGCAAGACAUUGAUCUCUUGCUCGUCUCCGUACCACUCACCAAAGAGACGACCCAUUUCUUGUCGACAGAGGAGUUCAAGAUUCUCAGCCAGGAUGGCAAGAAACCUGCCUUUAUUGCCAAUAUCGCGAGAGGGCCUAUCAUUGACCAGUCUGCAUUGAUCAAAGCUUUGAAGGAUGACACUUUGGCUGGAGCCUCUCUCGAUGUCACAGAUCCCGAACCUCUUCCCUCCGAUAGCGAGCUGUGGGGCCUGGACAAUGUGAUUGUCACCCCUCACAUCAGUGGUAAUGGCGAGGCGUAUGUCGACCGAGCAUUCCAGAUUCUAGAGCUGCAACUGGAGCACAAGCAGAAGGGUGAAGACUUCAUCAAUGUUGUGGACAGGAAGAGAGGAUAUUAG